AUGGAAAACCAAGACCCACCAAACCCUUCACCACCCUCAUUGUUACUACCACCACAAAACUAUCCUCCUUUUCUCUCCACUCCCAUGUCAAUGAUGCAAAACCCUUUGGACCCUCAAGGCUUGCAUGACAUAGACUUGGUUAACCUUUUCUCUUGCCAAAACAGCUUGUUUGGGGAUACCAAGGCAAUGGUGGAAUGCGCUUCUUCUUCUUAUUCCUCGUCUUCUUCAUGUGCUUUAAUGGAUGAAAAUGGAGCUUACAUGAAUGAAAGGAGUAAUAAGGAGAAAAGGAAAGGAGGUAGAUUGAAGAAGACAACAAGACCCAAGUUUGCGUUUCAGACAAGCAGUGCAGAUGAUAUUCUUGAUGAUGGUUAUCGUUGGAGGAAGUAUGGGCAGAAAGCUGUGAAGAACAGCAUAUAUCCCAGAAGCUACUACCGCUGCACACAUCAUACAUGCAAUGUGAAGAAACAGGUGCAAAGGUUAUCCAAAGACACAAGCAUCGUGGUGACCACUUACGAGGGAAUUCACAAUCACCCAUGCGAGAAGCUGAUGGAAACCCUAACGCCUCUUCUAAAGCAAAUGCAGUUUCUCUCAGCGUUCGGUUCCAAUACCAGUGACCCUGCUUCUCUGAUAUAG